GAUUGAUAAGAUCAUGUGGUUCUUGUCUUUUGUUUUUUUUGUGUGAUGGAUUAUGUUGAUUGUUUUUCUAAUGUUGAACCAUCCCUGCAUACCUAGUAUAAAUCCGGCUUGGUCAAGUAAAUGAUAUUUCUAUUCAGAUGAGUUUUUUGUAAAACAAAUUGCACUUAAGAUUAUCAAAAUUUAACAAUAUAUUUUUCAGUAAUUUUUAAAAUUUUUAUCAAGAAUAAGUUUUCCCUCAGUGACUUAUUCAGCUCUGAUUGUACUAAAACUUGGAAUUAUUUGUUUUGUUUAAACUUAUUGUGAAAGUUUUAAAACUUACAAAACAGGGAAGAGUAUAAUGAGCCCUCAUUGGAUUGUUUUUAAUAGAAUUUGUAUUAGUGGGUAUUGUUUGUAUAUUCUGUAUUUUAAAUCUAAUGUGGUAAUAUAAAUAAGUUGUCAAUCAAAAUCACUAAAAACUGUUCCCUACAUAUAAUUUGCUACUUGGUUAUCCAUGAAGCUAAAGUGGGUAAUAUUAAAAUCUCAAAGAUAUUAACCUUAUGAGAAAAGAUAACAUUUCGUAGAAACUGUCAGUUUUUUAAAAAAUUUUAAGCAAUCUGCCCUGUACCAGGCCUGUUAUUAGGAAAUUUAUAAUUUUCAAGUUUUUCUCAUUAAAUGGGACCCAGUUAUCUGGAUUUGGGGCAGUGACAGUGGGAGUACUUUCUUCUGCCACCACUAAGAAGAUCAGGUUGUCUUUUCAUUAGCUUGACCCUGGUACUGCAGCUUUUCUCCUUUCUGCUUCUCUCCUUUGGUGUUCAUCCCCAGAAGCAUCUCUGCAGUAUUACACAUGUUCAGCCAGCCAGGUUUGUUUCAAAACUACUUUAUUAUAAUGUAAUAAAGUCUCCAUGUUCAAGAGGUAAAUUAUAGGAACUUAAUCUCACUAUGUACAGUUUACUUAUUAAUCAAGCUUUUAUAGGCUGUUGUUCUUAGGGUCACCAGUCAGUGGCAUGUAAGGUAACGGGAAGCGAGAAAUAAUCCUAGCCAGAUUAUGAAACAGACAGCAUUGAUAUAUUACCAUCAACCUGGACUUCUUUCUACACAUCAUCUCCUUCUGUGACUGCCUUUUGCACAGCCUUUUGCACUGUGGGUAAAAUGAUAGCCUCCUGAGACAAAUAGUGUUUGCACUCUUGAGGCACUGUAGCCCAGUGAUGUAGCGCAGUUAUUGAGCCUGGCAUCAAAUCCUAGAUCCACCACUGCCUCACCUUGUGCAAAGUUCUUUUCUCAGACUUGCUUCCUCAUCUGCAAAAUUGGAAUAAUCAUAUAACCAACUUAUUCAGAUUGUUUUGAGAAUUAAACAAGCCAAUACACGUCGAAUACUUAGCACUAUGUCUCACAAAUAGCAAAUUAAUAACUUUAUUAAACAAAUUAAUAAAUGUUGACUGUUCUUAUUAUGCAUUUACUGUAUCAUGUUGAAUCCCUAGCUUCUCCAUGGGAUUCUGAGAAUUUUCACUGAGUUACACAGAAAUUACAAACUACACUGUAGAUGCUUCAGGCCUCCUAUGUUAUUAUUUGUGGAGAAGUGGUACUGUGUGUAUUGUUUUUCACAUUUUUAUUAAAUAUUAUGCAAUAAUAAUCGCUACUAUUUGAAACAUGUCAUAUAGCAUUUGAGGCUGUCUCCUGGUCAGUAAUAUUCACCUCAUUCUAAGAUUUAAAGUAUUUCUAGAAAGAUGCCAGAAACUCUGGAGGAAUACUUAAAAUAAUAGUAGACACUGACCACCAAUAAAGUUUACCCUUGUCUUUGUUUUAACCUUCUAUUACAUGAGAGUGCAGAAUCCACAUUCAGUGAUUAAACACUUACUAUCUCCUUUUCUUUUUCAGAAGAUGAAUAAUCUUUCCUUUAGUGAGCUGUGUUGCCUUUUCUGCUGUCCACCUUGUCCAGGGAAAAUUGCUUCAAAAUUAGCAUUUUUGCCACCCGAUCCAACUUACACGCUGAUGUGUGAUGAAAGUGGAAGCCGCUGGACUUUACAUCUAUCAGAACGAGCAGACUGGCAGUACUCUUCUAGAGAAAAAGAUGCCAUUGAAUGUUUCAUGACUAGAACCAGUAAAGGCAACAGAAUUGCCUGUAUGUUUGUGCGUUGCUCGCCCAGUGCUAAAUACACUUUACUCUUUUCACAUGGAAAUGCUGUUGAUCUUGGUCAGAUGAGCAGCUUUUACAUAGGACUGGGAUCACGGAUUAAUUGUAAUAUAUUCUCAUAUGAUUAUUCUGGAUAUGGUGCAAGUUCUGGGAAACCAACAGAGAAGAACCUCUAUGCAGACAUUGAAGCUGCUUGGCUUGCUCUUAGGACAAGAUACGGCAUUCGCCCUGAAAAUGUGAUUAUAUAUGGCCAAAGUAUAGGGACAGUACCGUCUGUGGAUCUUGCUGCUCGGUAUGAGAGUGCUGCUGUUAUUCUUCAUUCUCCUUUGACUUCAGGAAUGCGAGUCGCUUUUCCUGAUACCAAGAAGACCUACUGUUUUGAUGCAUUCCCAAACAUUGACAAAAUCUCAAAGAUAACCUCUCCAGUAUUAAUAAUUCAUGGGACUGAAGAUGAAGUCAUUGACUUUUCACAUGGCCUAGCGUUGUUUGAGCGUUGCCAAAGACCUGUGGAGCCUCUGUGGGUUGAAGGAGCUGGUCACAAUGAUGUGGAACUUUAUGGACAGUAUCUUGAAAGAUUAAAACAGUUUGUGUCACAGGAACUGGUAAAUUUGUAAAAUAUUCUGUAAAUUGUAUGCUGGGUUUUCUUUCGUUACUGAACUGCACUCCUUGGUAAAUAACAUAAAACCUGAAGGUAUUGUUUACAAAUCAUGUCAGUUGCCUUCAUAAAUGUACAGGUAAUGAUUUGUUAACAGACUUAAUGAAGGUUUUAAUUACCAGAACUAGAAACUGGAAAUAACAGUAUCAUGCAGUCAGGCUGUGUAAUUUAUAUUUUUUCUGUGAAUUUUUUUUUAAACAUCAAGAUGAGUACUGUAUGAAAUUUUAAUUCUUUAAAAUCAAAUGCUGUAAAAGUAUUGCCAAAUGCUUUUGCAUAUCAGAAACAAAUUUAUAAAUAUUUUUAAAACAUCUCAAUGUACUAAAUCUUAUCCUGCUAUAUAAAUGUAAUAUCAUUCUUUUAAAAAAAAGUUAUAUAUCUGAAACAGUUCAAGUACUAAAAAUAGAAUAAGCUGUAGAAAACAUACAAGUUCACUAGCAUUGACCUCAACUCUGUUGUACAGGGAUAGAGGUUUAAACGGUUAUUUUAUUGUAAAAUACAGUGAAUUUUCUGUAUUCUCUGGUUAUCAUACAUUUUCUCCUUUUAAAAAAAAUGAUGUAAGUCUUAAUUUUUACACCGUCUGUUAAUUUACCAACUAGUUACCUACCUUGUAAAUGAGAAGUCUUAAUAACACUGAAUUUUAACCCUUUUGAUUUAUAAAUUUGGUACUGUGAGGCAACUACUUAAAUUUUUCGUUUUAGUUAUUUAAAAGGCAUUUAGAGCUUCAAGAAUGAUUUUGUAUGCACUGUUGUUUUAAACUUUGAUUAAUCUCGUAGAAUUACAGUACUUUGAAUACCUGAAAAUUGAUUAGUUGUUCUUCAGGACCACAAACAGACUGGCUAUUUGGUCCCUUUUCAUGUUCCCUUUGGCUAUUUUUAAGAGUAGGAUCCAUUGUUUUGGAUUACUAUCUGAGAAUUUCAUGAAUUUGCUCCUGGCAACAGGAGAUGAGAAAACAUUUAAUUCUUAACUUUUAUAUUAACCAAUACAGUAAAACAUAAAGCUUAUAAACACACACACAAAAAAAAAAAAAAACUAA